AGAGACUCUGAACAGCCACUUAUUUUUACUCGGCUACUUUUGGGUUAGUAGGGUAGUCCAUGCAGACAACUGGAAAAAUCCCAUGCAGGCUCCGAGGACACACUUCUCUCCGUCACGUGUAGCAGCUCUUUGUAAAGGUUAACGCGGCUGUGCAGCCCUCCGGGUUAACCCUUUAGUCGCAGUCUGAGGAGCCAACACAAAUCCAGAGCAGACACGACAGGCAUCAUCCGUCCUGGACACAUUAGGAUAUUCAGUCUGAGUCUUUCUCUAUUGUUUACAAAGCUCGGGCCGGAAUUGAUGCCAGAAAUAGAAAAGAAUGGAGAAUGGUGAAGUUCGCGGGCUCUGAUGACUGCAGCCGCUGCAAGCCUUUCAUCUUGCAGUCAACUGCGGAGAGAAGAGAGACAGACAGAGGGGAGAGAGAGAGAGAGAGAGCGAGCGAGCCUCCCCAAGAGACUGACACGCUGAGGUAGACAGGCCGACCUACAUCCUGCUGUUUGCGUGGAGAUCUAGGACACUUCUCCGCCAGCUUAGCUCAGUGUGCUGUUCUUAUGCUAAACCUAUAACAACCAGAGGAAGAAAAGCAAGAGAAAAAAAGAGCUUUAAGGAAGUUUUUCUUUUCCUCAAAUUCAAGACUGAUCUGAUCCAGUUAGGGUCUGUGAUACUUUGAAGAGUCUGGACACUGAACCAAAAACCCUUCAAGUGGAUAAAUGAGGGUUUCUAAUGCUGAACUCCAGCUGUUCUUGAUCUUUUUGGCUAAUUUGGACACUUGAGUCUGAACCUACAAUAAACAAACUGACCAAGACCUUUGAGAGAAAAUCUUCAGAGGUGUUUCAUCACCAUCCCCUCCUCCCCUUGACCUCUGACCUACUUCUAUCCCCAGUCGCCCAAGCAACAUUUCAAACUGGCUACCGCUAGACAAGAAUGGAAAAUCUGACUUCAGGGAAUAACCUAAACUGCCUUGAGACUUUCACAGGUUAUGAAGAGUCUCUUUCACCUAUCCAAGGGACUCCAACUCGCCUAGGGCGCCUCAUCAAACCCAAACCCAAUAUGAGCUGCAGACGAAAGCGCGAGUUCAUUUCCGAUGAGAAGAAGGAUGCCUCCUAUUGGGAGAAACGCCGCAAAAACAACGAGGCGGCCAAGCGCUCCCGGGAGAAGCGACGUCUCAAUGACAUGGUUUUGGAGAACCGUGUCAUUGCACUGAACGAUGAGAAUGUGAGGCUCAAGACAGAGCUACUCCAGCUGAAGCUGCGCUUUGGCCUUAUAAGCACUGCCUCCUACAUUGAAAAGAGCCAACAGAUUGGCGGAGGCAACAGCACAGGAAAUGGAGGCUCCUCCUCGUCCACCUCCUCUUCUACUCAGUACUACUCCAGCGGUUACUCAAGUAGUUCUCAGGUGAUGAUGAACUCUGACUCCUCCGAAACAGAGCAGUCAGGACGCAGUGAGGGCCACAGGCAGCUGGUGAAAUACUCCCCACGUGGCUCCCUUUCUGAUAUGUCUGACGGCUCCUCUAGGGACAGCCCCGAGCCAAUGCCCUUUGAGAUCAAACAGGAAGGUGAUAGGUUGGAGAUGGACAUUGCCAAUGGCACCACCACCCAGAUCAUGUUCAACAUCCACCGCGGUCUGGCCUCUGUACCCACUCAUCACCAGAUCCAGCAGCAUUCUCAGGAGCUGGAGGCUGCAUAUCACAGCCAACAGCAGCAGCAGCAGCAGCAGCAGCACCUUCACCAACAACAGCAACCCCAUCAGGAGCCUGUUACUGCUAUCAGCACUGUCAGCCAGCCUACCCCUCACCCACCUGCUGCACAGAGGAGUGUCAUUCUGUAUGGCUCCAGCAGUGCCUCCUAUCCUGUGGACACCCUGACAAGGCCCCAGGAUAUCGAUCUGAAGGCAGCCCAGAAGCAGAGCAGUGGUAACAGCCAGACGUGUGCCAGCCGACUACCCCAGUCCAUUACGGAGAGCUCCACAGAGACACUUGCAGAGGUGACAAAGCAGCUUGAGAGGAAGACAUUAGACUCCCCUCCUUAUGAGCUCUCAGACAACCGUAAUGAGGCUGGAGAGAGACAGGUGUACAGAGUUUGCCAACUUCCCCAGCAGCACCUGCAACAGGAGCAUCAGCAGCAGCACCAGCAGGAGAGUGAUUCAUCUGCAGAGCUCCUCCACAAACAAGUGGAGGGGUUCAACCACUCCCACCUGUACCACCAUCUACAGCAGCCUCAUCCUUCAUACCUCAGUGCCCAAGACGAGGAGCCACCUGUGCUUACCUAUGAAGGUGGGCCCCGGAACGAAGCUUACUACCAAGGCCAAUCAAGCUCCUCUAGCAAGGACACCUCAUCCAGUGAUGGAGAUCCCCGGAGCUCCGACAAAGAGGCCUCCACGGAUGAUGAUGAGUCCCCCUCCUCGUCCUGCUCAGACAUGGGCAGCUACCACAACCAACAUCUUACCGGCCUCCACCAGCCUGCCUCCCCCCAGCCCUCCUCCCAGGGCUGCUCUCAAGCCCAGGGCCGGGAUCCCCAGGGGGAGGUGAAGGGCACAGCGUUGCCCCACAAACUCAGACUCAAACAUCGGGCCAUGAGCACCGGCAGCAGUGGUGGCCACUGCUCCGGCCAGGAGUCCCCAACCACUCCUCCCUCAGCCACGCCACCUCCCCUGCCCCAGCAUCCCUAUUUAUCCCUCAUGCCACAGCAGAACAUUAAGCGAGAAAGCCUGAGCCCAGGUGGAGGCUGUAAACAGGCAGCGUCAGGGGAGGGGAGCAGGAAGGAGAACGGGAAAAAGGAGACAGGUGGACGACGGAACAAGAGGCGAGAUUAAGUGACAUAAACUUUUUAAAGCCUGUCACAAUGUAAGCAUUUUGUGAUGCUCUAUAAACUAAAGACACAACUACCCUGCCAUCAUGCCUUUGCCCUAUAAUCAAAUCCCCUCCUAAAGCCCUUGGGACAGGAAGCUGGGCUCUUCUACUCCCCUACCCCCAAUGUCACCAAAAAAAGGCUGGACAUCUUGUAGGGCUGUAUCAUAUUUGUAUAUAUUGUACAGAUUUGUCAUUUCUUACAUCCUCUCCAUAUUUACAGAAGCACUUUUGUUUAUGUGAUGAGAGGAGGAAUGGAACUGCCUGCUUUUCUACUUUUGUCAUUAAACAACCUACAGCAGAGUACAUCAGCGAAAGCACAUUUUGAUCACUUACAAACAAGAAUGUAAAAAAAGAAAAGUUUCGAGCUUUAUCAGUACUAUAAAUUUGGUACAUAUCUGACUGUAGACAAACAUACACAUGUAUGGCUCUCUGCCUUAAAAUCAAAUGCAAAUGUACACUGGGGACAUUCCCUCGACCAAAGAAGCACCAACACCACAAUAUCAAGUUCCAUACCUCUUCCCAGACCCUACCUCUACCAACCCAUACUCCCCCCCAACCAUCUCUAUUAUUUCACAAAAGAUCUGCAUCACCUUUAUUUUUUAAGCACUUGGUUUGUAUAUUACUGUGAUAUAUGAAUAUUGUAUCUAUUAUAAAUAUAUAUUUUACAAAGAAAUUUGAAUACAAAUUCAACAAAAAAUGCGACAAACCUGCAAUGGUAAAAGAGGAUUUUGAAAGUGACCAUCCUAUUAUGAAUCACAUUUACUGUACAGCCACAUUGUCUACUGUUGCUACAGGACCCAUUCAAAUUAAAACACCUCUUUCUUGAUUGUUAAGCUUUAGCAUUAAUCAUUUGUUAAUGCCCUGUUUACACAGAAAUGGCCGUCCACUUUGGAGCGCCAACAGCACUGAAUGGAGAACAUAAUGUUUCCUGAGGCAAGGGCCUCAUUAAAAUGUUUGGAUUUCGUAACCUUUAACCAGCCUUUAAAUAUUUGGUGGAAUUCACCAGCUGCAGGCUUUAAGCCUUUAGUUUAUUUGAGCUUUAUCAACCAUAUCUUGUGUUUGUUACCAUUCACUGGCCCAAUGUAUUUAUUUCCCUCUCCUCCACACGCCCAUCACUGUAGAAAAAGCCCACAGGAACAUAGACCGAGAAUGUGUACAGACCUUUUUAGAUACAUACUGCAGCCUUGAGUUUGGAUUGUGAUGUAGGCAUGGGAGACUUGGGGGCAAAAACAGGAGGAAUUAAGUCGCAUUUGUGUAAACACACUACAGUGCACUGAACAAAGGAAAACUGAGAAACCCUGUGUUCCUCUUGUGUAAAGAACAGAGCCCUCCAUAGUUACUGUACAUUUAUUGACAUUAAAUUAGGCUUGUGAGUUAUUGUGAAAAAGUUAAUACAAUACAUUUCUCUAAACCUCCAAUUGGCGCCAACAUUAAAAUUCCAUAUAAAACACGAACAAUCUGAACUUGAAUUAAUGAAGAAAUUGACUUCCCUUGUUUCCCAUGUGCCUCCAUUACUCAUCUCUCAUGGUCAUUCUGCUACUGGGCAGUGAUGAAUUGCCUACACUGGAUCCUACUUUAACAAAAGUCUAUGUACCAUGUUUGGCUUUUUGGUGCUUGUGUAUAAAUGUAAAGUUCCCCCACCCUCGAACAACACUGUAAUGUUUAUUUCAUUGGUUUUAUAUCCUCUUUUUUCGUCAAGGUGUUGUUCUGUUUUCCUCUAUACUGUGUCUUUCUCCUAUUGACUGUGAUGACAUGUAUUUGCCUCAUUCCUCCUCCCUCCUUCCCCUUUUUUCAGUGUGUAUUAAUCAGUAAUGUUUGUGGUUUUACUGAUGGUUUUAUGAAAAAGACAAGAGGACAAAAAAAAGAAACAGGCAAAGAUAGUGUGGUGUUUAGAGAUGGGUGGUGGUUGGUCUGGUUGGUCAUUACCAUCACUUCCUUUUGACAUGAAUAUGUAUGUAAAGACACUAAUGUUCAUCGUGGAAGAUGGGAGCAUUUCAAGAUCGAAAAUGAAAUAAAAAGAAUGUUGACCCUAUCAACAUAUCAUGAAAAGA